AUGUCCGCAGCCGUUGCAGCGGCUGUGCUUGCCACAGAGCUGCAAUGUACCUGUGUAGAGACCUUUGCCUGCCCUGUCUGUGGCAUCGCGUUCCCACGACGGCAGGAUCAAGAAGCCCAGCAAAGAGUCGCUGAGCUAGAGGCCCAGAUUGGGAUACUGACCGGCAAGGCCACCGCUGCUGCGGACAAGAUUGCCGACUACGAGGACCGCUUCCUCCAGCAGGUCAAAUCGUCCAGAGACAACCUCCCCAGCGCCGGCCAACCCUCUGAAGACACAGAUAGGCCUUCGCUUGAGGCCGGCAAUGCUCGGCCUUGUGUAACCCGCACUACGAGCAAAUCGCGCUUCUCCUUCCUCUCGCGUAAGGCAGCCUCUGCAGUUACUGUGCCCACUCUUGGCAACCCAGAUCCUGAUGUUUUCCCAACACGAAAUUCCGAUCCACACGCGCUCAUGGUGGCACUCGCGAACGAGCGGCAUCUGCGCGAGCAGGCCGAGGCGAAAGUCACGCAGAUGUCGGUGGAGAUCGAGGACCUAAGCGUGAACCUGUUCCAGCAAGCGAACGAGAUGGUGGCCGAGGAGCGGAAGGCGCGGGCGAAGCUGGAAGAGAGGAUCGAGGUGCUUGAGGAGCGAGAUCGGGAGCGAACGAAGCGGCUCGACAGGCUGGAAGAAGCGCUGACGCGGAUUGGGAGGGUCAGAGGCUUGCUUGGAUCAUGA